AUAGUGAUCAGAUACUAGUGAUGUUCAACGUAACAAUUUAAUUGAUUUUUAAUUUGUUAAAUUAGUAUAUUGAAUACUAUUAAAAGUAGUUUAAGCUAUAUUAUUCAAUUAAUAGUUAGUCAUAUACAUCAACAUGGUAGACGACGCUGAACAGGUACCGGCAAUCAAUGUUAAAGAGCCGUUGGAUUUGAUCCGAUUGAGCUUGGACGAGAGAAUAUACGUCAAAAUGAGAAACGAAAGAGAGCUCAGAGGUCGAUUACACGCAUACGAUCAACAUUUGAAUAUGGUUCUUGGAGAUGUCGAAGAGACUGUCACUACCAUUGAAAUUGAUGAAGAAACUUAUGAAGAAGUCUAUCGUACAACAAAGAGAACUAUUCCAAUGUUGUUUGUAAGGGGUGACGGAGUAAUACUUGUGUCACCACCAAGUAUGAGGGCAGCAUUAUAGACAUCUGAUUAUAGCAUUCACAAUUAAGUUUAAAAUGUGAUAUAAGACUUAAUUUGAAUGUUGUCCACCAUAAUUUAAACUACAUUUUUUUCAUACAAAAUAACAUUUUCAUAUAAGAAAGUAUGGACUAUGAA